GUCAGACUUAGGAUUCCCUCAGGAAUAUCUGUCAAUUUACAGAGAAGGCUUCACAAGGAUAUAAAAAAUAAAGACAACAAGGAAACCCCCUCGCGCAGCUCCACCCUUCAAAAGGUCUGGCAGUUGAAGAGGGAGAGGACAGAGCAGACAACGCACUGUGACUUUGGAGAGAAACAACAUGCUGGGAGCUAAAAUGCAUCUACUGCUGCUCAUACUGAGUCUGGGCUUCAUGGGGAUGACAUCUGCUCAGCAACAGUGUGACCCACUGACCCAGUAUGAGGAUGACCGUGGCAUUUGCUGCAAAAUGUGUGGUCCAGGGACCAGAAUGUCUUCCAACACACAUUGUCAGGAUCCUCAAUGUGAAGAUUGUAGGGAAAAUGAAUAUCAGGAUAAAUACACGAAGGAAACCCAGUGUCUUCUUCAGCCCUACUGUGACCGAAAUAUAAACUUUAAGAUUAUGACCCAUAAGAGCAAGACGGAACGUAGCAUUUGCAUGUGCAAAGAGGAGUUUCACUGCUCCAGUAUCCAAUGCAUGACCUGUUUGCCGCACACCAUCUGUAAUCCUGGAUAUGGGGCUCGAUACAAAGGCAACCAUUCGCAGGACACAGUGUGUGAGAAGUGCCCAGAAGGCACAUUUUCCAAUGAAAGCUCUUGGAAAGAUGCCUGUAAGAAAUGGACAGAAUGUGAGAGUGGAUACCAUAUUGAAAAAAGCGGAACGGACGUGUCUGACAUCCUCUGCGACGUAAACAGGAGGCAUAACAUUAUGAUCGGUCUUAUUGUCGUCUUUUUGAUUUCUGCUAUAAUUGGAGUCGCAAUGUGUAUCAAAGGUACACGAGGCGAUGCAAGAGGAAAGGUAAAGGGCUGUUUUCAAUCGUGUUUCGGAGAACAGAAGGAUCCGCUGAGAGACACCAUAGUUGACAUAACACACCCAACUCAAAAAGAGGAGCUGCUGUCCGUACCGGAAAAAGCCGGAGCGGGAGCACCGGAGGAAAACGAGGAUCAACCGAGCGAGGAGAAUUCAACCGAUGUCAUUUUCUCUGAUAAUGGAAACUUUGUGACUCAGGACAAUGGGGUCUCGUCAAAACUGUCCCGACAGGAAUCACAACCACACGCAUUGAUAGGCGAAAUACAGCCGCUGGACUAAGAUAAUGGUUGAUGAUUUGAAAUGAGGAAUGUUGAGUAUCGUUGCCCCGUGUUUGUACAUAUUUCCUUUAAUGUGUAUAUUUUCCUUAAGUGUUAAAAACAAGGUAACGUGUUGAAAAUAUGACGUUAUAGUGUAAAGAUACUAUAAGUGUGGCACACUACACUAUUUUAAUUGACAAAGUAGCAAUUUUGUAAGUGUGUGCUUAUUUUUCUCUGUGUCUAUGUUGUAUUUUGCAGUCAUCUGCUUUUUCGUGAAGUCACACUUUCACAUCUGAGUUGCAGAAGUUCUUGUGUAUUAUUAAUUGUGAAUUUAAUUUUUAUUUUGAGCUUUUUUUACUUGCAUUAUAAAUGUCUGACUGACAUUUUAACAAUGUACUUUUCGUACAGCUAGAUAUUGUCUUGUGAGUAGGGGUCAAAUGUCCCAUAAUGCUUUGCGGUAUGGAAGUGUAAUGGCAACCAUGCAAUUAGCGGGCCAAGCUAAUGCAUCUUGAGCCUAACCCCUAUAUCCGAAUUGUUUGUCAAGUGUGAAAAAAUGGUACAUUAAAAGUAUGGUGAAUUGUGAA